UAAAGCUGCUACACCGGGAACUGGAAGUAGGACCGACUCAACAACAACCUAGCUUAACAAAACAACAACAUUAAAGCAACUCCGGUCCGUCUUCGCUUUAUUUUUUGCCUCUUAACGUGUCCGAGUCUUUUGAGCAUCUUCUCUAAUUCUCUUGUUGUGUUUUUAUAGAGUUGUAUCAGUGGGAGGAGGUGUUAGGUUGGGCUACUGUAAGUUAACGGUUAAGUUAAGGCUGUUGGUGACGUGAAGUGGGAAAGUGGGAUUAAAGAAAGUGGACUUCACAACCGGAACACUCAGAAAACAACAGUUCCAGCUAAAAAAGGAAGAGAGGAAGCUGAGCAGCCGCCGACGUGUUGAGUAAAAGCGCCGGGCGAGUGGAAAAGUGAAAGGAGAAGGUAGAAACACCAGCCCAGCGACCUGCCUGCCUGCCCACCUGAGAGUACUGCGUCAUGGGGAAACAGAACAGCAAGUUGCGGCCCGAGGUCCUGAACGACCUGAGGGAGAACACAGAGUUCACCGACCACGAGCUCCAGGAGUGGUACCGCGGCUUCCUCAAGGACUGUCCCACCGGCCACCUGACCGUGGAGGAAUUCAAGAAGAUCUAUGCCAACUUUUUCCCCUACGGAGACGCCUCGAAGUUUGCCGAGCACGUCUUCCGCACGUUUGACACCAACGGCGAUGCCACCAUUGACUUCAGGGAGUUUAUCAUUGCCCUGAGCGUGACGUCUCGUGGCGGGUUGGAGCAGAAGCUGCGCUGGGCUUUCAGCAUGUAUGACCUGGAUGGGAAUGGGUACAUCAGUCGGGCAGAGAUGCUGGAGAUAGUUCAGGCAAUUUACAAGAUGGUAUCAUCAGUGAUGAAGAUGCCUGAGGAUGAAUCAACGCCAGAGAAGAGGACAGAUAAAAUCUUCAGACAGAUGGACAUUGACAAUGAUGGUAGACUGUCUUUGGAGGAGUUCAUUAAAGGUGCCAAGAGCGACCCGUCCAUUGUCAGACUGCUGCAGUCGGAUCAGGGAGCCUCUCGCCAGUUCUGAGGACAGAGACAAUAACAGACACACACUCUCUUCAACACAAUCACAAAACUACAUCCAUCCAGCUUCGUGCUGUUCACCUGAUAGAGGCUCGGUCAUCAUCACAGCCCCCCCUCACCAGACAAUCCUUUCAUUCUAACAACACUCCAUGUCUUAAUGUUUACAUUAAUGGAUACUCCUCCUUUGUCAAUGUGGCUCCUUUCUGUGGACUAUGACGUGCUUUCAGUUGAGGUAUUUUGUGUAUAUGCUUUUCCAAAGCUCUUUCGCUUUGAAAUGGUUUUUACCCAUUCUCCAUAAGUGAAGUGCCAUAUCAUAUAUUUAUACUGACUGGAUUAUAUGCUCCCAAGUAUUAUGAAUCCUGUUAUGUUACACCAAGAGGAAACUAAUUACAUCACUUCUUAUUAUUUGAUUCAACUUAACUGUGUUGAAAAGUGGCUUAUUGUUGUUCAGGAUAUCAGACUUGUGGCUUAAAGGGAUAGUUUGGAGUGGGGUUGUACGCAGUACUCAUCCAUAGUCAGUGUAUUAUAUACAGUAGAUGGUGGUCAACACGCCCCGUUUGGAGAAGCAGGCUGGAGUCCGACAAGGAAGCUAAGCAAUGUACAGCUGUGGAUGGGGUCAGCAAGUAAACAAAUUGUAGCCACCGUAGAAAAGUCCCACCAAAAACUAAACAUUAAUACCACUUUGAAGGAUAAGCAGUGGAAUGAGCUGCAAUGGAAGCACACAGGGCAAUUAAACUACUCUGAUUACUUUACUCUCUCCAGAACUCAGAUACGGCUUCCAGUGUUGUUUUCCUGUAACAAGCGUGGUAUCUUGUGAUUUCCAGAAAGAGACUUCUGCUUAAGAAGGCAAAAACAAACAGACCGGAUCAAGUAAAAGGUAAAAAGACACUUACAAUAACAAUCUGAGCCACUGUCCAUUAAAAGUGGUCAUAAAAACUGUUGUUCACAUUGGUCUCUUUGAUCAAUUUACAUGAGGAAAUAAGGUCCAGGUUGAAAAAUGCUUAAGUGAUCCUUUAGGUUUACACUACAUUAAAAUAGUUUCGCUGCUUUAUCUCAGACAGCGAUAUCAGACAGGGAACUGAAGCCGUUACAUCGCUCUCUUCAACACCAGACUCCAUUGACAAAAACAGUAAUUCUGGCUGGCUGAACACA